AUGGCGGCCCUGCCCGCGCUGCGCCCGCUCCUGCCCCUCGUCCCCGUCGCCGCCGCGCUGGCGCUGGCCGCGGGCGGGGGCGCCGCGGGGACAGAUCCGCCCCCGCCGCGCUCCGGCAGCGACAUCGUCCAUCCCAUCAAAGUCGACGAGAGCGGAUCCUUCCUGUCCUAUGACUUGUCCCACCGGGCCCUUCACCGGAGGUCUCCUGCCUCCAGGAGCAAGCUUCCUGCGUUCUAUGAGCUGCAAUACAAAGGGCAACCCCUGAAAUUCAACCUGAGCCUGAACAGGCACCUCCUGGCUCCAGGGUUUGUCAGCGAGAGGCGUUUCGGGGGCAUCGCCGGCGCCAAGAUCCAGCCUCACUCCUACAACUCCUGCCAUAUGAUCGGGGAGGUCCGGAGCCGGGCGCUGCAGGGAGGCCUGGCUGCCCUCAGCACCUGCGAUGGCCUGAAAGGUGUGUUUCAGCUCAUGAAUGAGGACUAUUUCAUCGAGCCCGUGUCCAGCAGCCCUCGGGAGGAGGGAGCAGCACAGCCCCACAGGAUCUACAAGCGCCAGGUGCCCAAGGACAGGGCUGAGCAGGGCAGGAGACCCCCGGCUCCACGGGAAUCCUGCGGUGUGCGAGAAUCUCAGGAAAGCCUGGAGAGGUCUGAGAGGCGCAGGGAAAGGUGGGAGCAGAAGCAGCACAGGAGGAGAAGGAUCAAGCAGCGCUCCAUCAGCAGGGAGAAGUGGGUGGAGACGCUGGUGGUGGCAGACACCAAGAUGGUGGAGUUCCACGGCAGUGACAACAUCGAGAAGUACGUGCUGACCGUCAUGAACAUGGUGGCGGGGCUGUUCCACCACGCCAGCAUCGGGAACCCCAUCAACAUCGCCAUAGUGCGGCUCAUCCUGCUGGAGCACGAGGAGGAGGACCUGAAGAUCUCCCACCACGCAGACAACACCUUGAAAAGCUUCUGCAAGUGGCAGAAGAGCAUCAACGUGAAGGGAGACUCCCAUCCCCUGCACCACGACGUCGCCGUCCUGCUCACCAGGAAGGACAUCUGUGCUGCCAUGAACAGGCCCUGUGAGACCCUGGGGCUGUCCCACGUGGCCGGGAUGUGCCAACCCCACCGGAGCUGCAACAUCAACGAGGACACAGGGCUGCCCCUCGCCUUCACCGUGGCCCACGAGCUCGGACACAGUUUUGGGAUUCAGCAUGAUGGAAGCAGCAAUGACUGUGAGCCAGUUGGGAAAAGACCUUUCAUCAUGUCUCCACAGCUCCUGUAUGACACGUCCCCACUCACCUGGUCCCGCUGCAGCCGCGAGUACAUCACACGCUUCCUCGACCGGGGCUGGGGGCUGUGCCUGGAUGACCCCCCAGCCCGGGAGGUGCUGGACUUCCCCCUGGUGCCCCCGGGUGUCCUGUAUGAUGUGGGCCACCAGUGCCGGCUGCAGUACGGCCCCUACUCCACCUUCUGCGACGACAUGGACAGCGUCUGCAACACGCUGUGGUGCACGGUGGGGAACACGUGUCAUUCCAAGCUGGACGCGGCUGUGGACGGCACAGCGUGUGGGGAGAGCAAGUGGUGCUUCAAUGGCGAGUGCGUUCCCGUGGGAUACCGGCCCGAGGCCAUCGACGGCGGCUGGAGCUCCUGGAGCUCCUGGGCCUCCUGUUCCCGCAGCUGUGGUGCAGGAGUGCAGAGUGCUGAGAGGCACUGCAGCCACCCCACGCCGAAGUACAGGGGCCGGUACUGCCUGGGGGAGCGGAAGCGGUUCCGGAUCUGCAACGUGAAGCGCUGUCCCCCGGACAAGCCCUCCUUCCGCCAGGUCCAGUGCAGCCACUUCAACCCCAUGCUCUACAAAGGGAAGCUCUACAAGUGGACGCCGGUGCCCAACAACAUUAACCCCUGCGAGCUGCACUGCCGGCCAGAGCACGAGUACUUUGCGGAGAAGCUGCGGGACGCGGUGGUGGACGGGACGCCCUGCUACGACAGCGACGCCAGCCGCGACGUCUGCAUCAACGGCAUCUGCAAGAACGUGGGCUGUGACUACGAGAUCGACUCGCACGCGGUGGAGGAUCGGUGUGGGGUCUGCCACGGGGAUGGCUCCACCUGCCACACCGUCCACAAGACCUUCGAGGACAGCGAGGGGCUGGGUUAUGUUGACAUCGGGAUUAUCCCCGUGGGAGCCCGGGAGAUCCAGAUUGAAGAAGUGGCAGAAGCUGGGAAUUUCCUGGCGCUGCGGAGCGAGGACCCGGAGAAGUAUUUCCUGAACGGCGGCUGGACCAUCCAGUGGAACGGGGACUACAGGGUGGCAGGGACCACCUUCACCUACAAGAGGACGGGGAACUGGGAGAACCUCACCUCCCCAGGGCCCACCGUGGAGCCUGUGUGGAUCCAGCUGCUGUUCCAGGAGACCAACCCUGGAGUAAGGUACCAGUACACGAUCCAGCGCCCGGCUGACAGCGAGAACGAGAUUGAGCAGCCCGAGUUCCUCUGGCGCUUUGGCUCCUGGACCACCUGCACGGCCACCUGUGGGACAGGGGUGCAGCGGCAGGUCGUGCACUGCGUGGAGAGGCUGGCGGGCCUGGUGGAGGAGCGGUUCUGCGACGCGCUCACCCGCCCCGAUGACCAGCAGCGCACCUGCAGCGAGGAGCCCUGCCCGGCCAGGUGGUGGGUGGGGGAGUGGCAGAAGUGCUCAGCCACGUGCGGCCGGGCAGGGCUGAUGAAGAGGACGGUGCUAUGCAUCCAGAGUGUGGGGCUGGACGAGCAGAGGGCCCUGCAGCCAGCGGACUGCCAGCACCUCGCCAAGCCGGAUGCCACCGCACCCUGUCACCCAGAGGUCCCCUGUCCCUCCCAGUGGGCUGUGGGGAACUGGUCCGAGUGCUCCGUGACCUGUGGAAACGGGACCCAGAGACGCCCUGUCCACUGCAGCAACAGCACCGGGGCUGCGUGUGACCCUGCGGAGAGACCCAGCCCUGAAAGGGUUUGCUCCUUGCCACAGUGCCAGAAGAAAUGGGAUGGUGGCAAUGCGGACUGGUCUGGCAGCGGCUCCUCCAGCAGGGAGAUAUUUAAUGAAAUCCAUUACAUCCCCAGCAACCACAUUGCUAAAUUUAACCCCUUAAUCCCAAACAUCCCGGAGUCCAAUGAUGUCAAUGUCAUCACCGAGGAGGACUUCUCAGCCAGGAAGGGAAAUGUCUUUGUUGAUGAUUUUUACUACGAUUAUAACUUUAUCAACUUCCAUGAGGAUCUGUCUUACUAUCCCUUCACGGAGAAGGAGACCAAAGGUGAGGAGCCAAAGCCAGAGCUGAGCACUGAUGACAUGGAGGGGCCCCUGGAGCUGCCCACUGAGGCCCUGCUCACCACCGACCUGGAAGGAGAGAGCGAGGGCACCAGUGAGGAAAACACUUCAGCUCCUGUGGAUGAGCAAGAGACAGAGCCUGGGGAUUUAGCCACGAAUGACCUCCUGAGUGUGGUCCCUGAGGAUGUGGGAUCAGUCACUCCCAGACACACCACCCCUGGCUUUUUGGGUGAGGAGGGGGAGGAUACAGUGCUUGUGCCCCACUCUGAGCAUCACCCACCCACCCAGAGCUCCGUGAGCCGCAACUCUGCAAAAAGCCACGGCCACCUGCCCUGGGAUGAACCCCACCAAGCUGUGCCCACCAGGACCAGCCCUGGGCAGGAUGCCCCAGUCCAUGGCCUCGCUCCCUGGGAUCCCCACCCAGCUGAUCCAGUGCCCACGGGCUGGGGCAGUGCUGAUGUGGAUGUGUCCCAUGGGCCGGGAGCGGUGGGCAGCGGCGGCGAUGGCCUUGUGAGCACAGAGGGAUAUGGCAUGGCUGGGUCUGCAGGGAGAAGCCACGAGGACUCCAGGGAAAUGGGUCUGGCCAUCACCAGAGACAUUAAUGGUGCAGCUCCCCAGCCCACGGGGCAGCACGGGUGGGCAGGAAUGCCAGAGGGGAUGUUGGACACGCAGGCAGGUGGGCAAUCCCAUGGGAUGGAGAAAGUAGAUCUCUCCUUGCCCACUCCACAGGCCCCGGGCUGGGAGGUGGCAGGGAGUGCUGGCAGCCCCCAUCCUGCUGUGAGUCCCCCUCCUGUGGGUGCUGAUGUGGCCCCCGUGGGGCAGGGAGGGCACCAGCUAGAGCUCCACAGCCCCACAGCCCCCUCCUCAACCCCCUCAGUGGCCACAACAGCCCCUCCAGUGUCCUUGUCCCCUGCCAUGCCCGGGCCAGCCACCCAGCUCACCUCCAGUGGCCUCACCCAGCAGGAUGCCCUGGCCCCAGCCAUGCCCACAGCCCCAGCUCAUGGCCCACCUGCCCACACAGCAGAGAUCCCCCUGGAAUGGGGGACAGAGGGGGUGUCCCAGCUGCCGGAUCCAGCAUUGCCCCACACCAAGCUGACCUCCCAUGGGACCCCACUCAGCGUCACUGCACCAAAGGAACCCUCACCGUGGGCACCCCCAGGGACAUCUGCCUCCAGUGACGGGGGACACGAGUUGUCCCAGCCCACCCCUUUGCCCCCCCCACUCUGGGAGAAGAGGCUGGAGGAGGAGGAGGCUCUGCUUCCACCAUCGACCACCGCAGCAGCCACUGCCAAGCCCAGCUGGGAGGUCGGGAACUGGAGUGAGUGCUCGGCCACGUGUGGUGUGGGCGCGGUGUGGAGGCCCGUGCGCUGCAGCAGCGGCAGUGACAGUGGCUGUGCCGCGGCCGACAGGCCCGUCCCUGCCCGGAGGUGCUCCCUGAGACCCUGCUCAGCCUGGCGUGUGGGCAACUGGAGCAAGUGCUCCAGGAGAUGCGGCAGGGGCACAAAGGUUCGGGAUGUUCACUGCAUUGACACCAGAGACCAGCGGCUGCUGCGGCCCUUCCACUGCCAGGCCGUGCUCUCCCAGCCCCCGGCACAGCUGCCGUGCCAGAGCGUGCCGUGUCUGGACUGGUACACGUCCUCCUGGAGAGAGUGCUCGGAGCCGUGUGGCGGCGGGGAGCAGGCGCGGCUGGUGACGUGCCCGGAGCCGGGGCGCUGCGAGGAGACGCUGCGGCCCAACAGCACCCGGCCCUGCAACACCCAGCCCUGCACCACCUGGGUGGUGGGGUCCUGGGGGCAGUGCUCGGCUCCCUGCGGAGGGGGCAUCCAGCGGCGCCAGGUCAAGUGCAUCGACACCAGGACGGGGGUGGCCGAGGAGGACAGCAGCCUGUGCGACCACGAGCCCUGGCCAGAGAGCACCCAGAAGUGCAACCCCCAGGACUGCGACAGCUCCGAGCCGGGUGUCCCCUGCGAGCGUGACCGCCUGACCUUCGCCUUCUGCCAGACGCUGCGGCUGCUGGGCAGGUGCCACCUGCCCACCGUCCACGUCCAGUGCUGCCGGAGCUGCCGCCAGCACGGGCUGCUGGCAGGGCCCGGCCGGGACCGCGGCGACGAGCGGCUCUCCCGGAGGUGACAGGACCGUCCCGAGGGCGCCGGGAUCCGCGGUGGCUCCCUGUGGCUGCUGAGCCACGGCCAGGACUGGUGGCUCUGCCACUGCCCAGGGAGGCCCCGGGCUCUCUAAUUCGUGCUACUCUCUAAUGGUGCUCAAACCAUCAGUAGGGCUGGUGGGGCUGGGGGUGCAGAUCCCGCUGCUCCUGACAGAGAUUCCAUGACCUGUCGGGGUCACGCUGCCCUGGGGGACCAGCAGGGAGGCUUUUUGGGGAAGGGGAGCUGAAAACAGCAAUAAUUUGGGGAAGACCUCUCAGAAAUGCUUAUGGUGCUAUCAUUUGACAUUUGCAGCCUCUCGAAGGUGUUGGCUGGCCAGCACAAACCUUGACUUUUAUUAUUAUUUUUAUAUAUCUGAAGUGAGCAUCCAGCAUUUUGCUGGCUCUGCCGACCCUUUGGGGUAGGGAUUUUUUUCCUUUAAGGGACUUGAAGCUGGCAACCCAUUCCUGUAAUUUUCAUUAAAAUGUUUAUGCACUGAAGCUAAAUAGAUUUAAUUUAAGAAGUGGAGACAGGGCAGAGGACUAAAGUUUCAGCUUCAGUUGGGGGUGUGCAGGGCUCUGUACCCCAUCUCCCCACUGCUGGCUUUCUCUGCCAAACCCAUUGCUGUGUCCCUCUGGAGCAGAGGGCAUCAUCAGGGACACCAAGGUUUGGAGUCCACCAGCUCAUUCCCUUGCAUGUAUGUGGGCAGGAGAGGGAAGCUGCCCUGGCAGUGGGUGACACAUCCCCUCCUUCGUGGGCAGCCAAUGCUCAGUCCCUGGAUUUCUGUAUGUGUAGCAGUUUAAUGCUCAGUUAAGGUGUUUUUCUGUGGCCUUACAGGCUAAACCCUUUUUUUCCUGCUUAUCUAGAUUCUCCUCUGUUAAGGUUAGCUGAUUUUUAACUAGAAUAUCCAAUUUACUCUGAGGCACAGCCCCUACCGCCUGCUCUCGGAGCGGUGUGGGAAUGAAUCCCUCCCUGUCUUGGGGAGGGUUUGCUGGCAGGUUGGUCUCUGAAGGUGGGCAGGAGCAUUUAGGUAGGAAUUCCUUUCCCUAUUACUCUUCAGGCUGUGGAGGAUGCCCAAAAACUGGGGGACCUUUAGGGGCAACACUCCCUGCACUGGGCAGAGUCAGGCUGGAGCCCGUCCCAGGCUGCACAGCUCCAGAUGCAUCUCCCUGGGCUGUCAGGAGCAACACUCAGUCCAAACAGGGAAAUUCCUGUGUGCGAUUUGUAUGUAAAACACAAGCCGUGACUUCACCAUUUGUGCUUUAUUCUGUUCCAAGGUGAUGUAAAUUUUUUAUGUUCCAAGAGCCUGUGUUCAGUCCUGGUUUCUUUGUCCCCAGCACCAUCUGUCCCCCACCCUGUCACCCUCCCAGGAUUGCAGAGGGACAACCCUUGUGUUGGGGUCUGAUGGCCACAGCUCAUGAGUGUGUUAAAUUAAACAGUUACUGAAGGAAA